UUUAACAUUCCGUAUUCAGGCAUAAAUACAGCGAAGUAUGAAGGCAGCGCAGAGAAGUGGUCCACUGAAAGGCGAUUACAAAGCCCGAGCGAUUUUCCGCUUAAGUCGCCGCGGUCUCCGCUAGUUCGCGCGCAUCGCGCGAACUGUUGCUCUUCGCGUAACACUCGUCCGCCGGUGCCGGUGGCUUCACGUGGGCUCCUCUCGGUCCGCGAAGAUGAACGGUAAAGCCACGUUCUGACUAACGCACACAGGACAUGUCGCUGUCAGGGUCCGUGGAAGAAUAACCCACGGUGUGAGGACAACACCCGGAUGUUGCAACAUGCGCUCCAUCCAUGGCGCUCAGGGAACAACAUAAAGCACUUUAUAAUUCGUGGAUUAAUAGCCUGAAUUGACGUGGACUACGGGCGCAUUUAUUGCUUGUCGGGGGGCGGGAAAAAAAACAACAACAACAAAACAUCGAUUAAACGGACUUUCAAUGAGGAGGAAGGGAUGCACGAGCCUAAGGAACCGACUGAAGGGGCAAACUAUGCCAGCUGCACCAGAGCCCCUUUCUCUGGUGAUGCUCCUCCCCUUUGGUCUGAAAGCCCCACCCACUCCAGGCAGCCACUACCCCAGACUGGCAGCAGCCUGUCCUGGCAGGCUGCGAUCCGGGCCGCGCGUCAUGCCCAGGGCGACACCCCGCAGACAAUGAGCGGGCAGUUGGUGGCAGGCUCCGCUCCGGUGGGCUCGCUGUCCCAGAGGAAGAGGCAGCAGUAUGCCAAAAGCAAGAAGCAGGGCAGCGCAUCCAAUAGCAGGCCACCGCGUGCACUCUUCUGCCUCACUCUCAACAACCCUAUACGCAGGGCCUGCAUUAGCCUUGUGGAGUGGAAACCUUUUGAUAUCUUUAUAUUGCUCUCUAUUUUUGCCAACUGUGUGGCCUUAGCUGUUUAUGUCCCUUUCCCUGAAGAUGAUUCCAAUUCAACCAAUCAUGACCUGGAAACAGUAGAAUAUGCCUUCCUGAUUAUUUUCACUAUUGAGACCUUUUUGAAGAUCAUAGCCUAUGGACUAGUGAUGCACCAGAACUCCUAUGUUAGAAAUGGUUGGAAUAUGCUGGAUUUUGUAAUAGUCAUAGUGGGCCUGUUCAGUGUCGUCCUGGAACUGAUGACCAAAGAGGGUGAUGCGAGUCAAGGCGGAGGCAAGCCGGGGGGCUUUGAUGUCAAGGCCCUGCGAGCGUUCCGUGUGCUCCGCCCCCUGCGUCUUGUCUCAGGGGUGCCCAGUUUACAGGUGGUGCUGAACUCCAUCAUCAAAGCCAUGGUCCCCCUGCUACACAUCGCUCUGCUCGUGCUCUUUGUCAUCAUCAUCUAUGCCAUCAUCGGCCUGGAGCUCUUCAUUGGGAAGAUGCAUGCAUCCUGCUACCUGGAAGGCACGCGUACUCUAGCUGAGGAAGAGCCUGCACCAUGCGCACCCUCGGGGCAUGGCCGCCACUGCACAGCCAAUGGCACAGUGUGCCGGGAUGGCUGGCAGGGGCCUAAUAAUGGCAUCACCAACUUCGACAACUUCCUGUUUGCUAUGCUCACCGUGUUCCAGUGCAUCACCAUGGAGGGAUGGGUGGAUGUGCUGUACUGGAUGAAUGAUGCUAUGGGAUUUGAGCUGCCCUGGGUCUACUUCGUCAGUCUGGUCAUCUUUGGUUCCUUCUUUGUCCUUAAUCUAGUUUUGGGUGUUCUCAGUGGCGAGUUCUCUAAGGAGCGUGAGAAGGCGAAGGCUCGGGGAGACUUCCAGAAGCUGCGGGAGAAGCAGCAACUUGAGGAAGACCUGAAGGGCUAUCUGGACUGGAUCACGCAGGCUGAGGACAUCGACCCGGAGAAUGAUGAGGAGAGCAACCAGGAGGGCAGACGCAACCGGGUGACGAUGGCCGAUCUCACCCAGAAGAAGAAGGCAGGGAAGUCUGGCUGGUUCAGUCAGUCCACAGAGACUCAGGCGAGCGUACCCACCAGCGAGACCGAAUCGGUUAACACGGAUAACGCCAACGGCGACGACGACAAGGGGCACUGUUGUGGUGCCAUCUGUCAAAAAAUUACAAAGUCAAAGUUCAGCCGCAGCUGGCGACGCUGGAACAGGUUCUGUCGCCGUAAGUGCCGAGCAGCGGUCAAAUCCACGAGCUUCUACUGGCUGGUCAUUCUGCUGGUGUUCCUCAAUACUCUCACCAUAUCCUCUGAACACUACAACCAGCCCGGAUGGCUCACCCAAGUACAAGAGGUGGCCAAUAAGGUUCUGCUGGCCAUGUUCACCUGCGAGAUGCUGAUUAAGAUGUACAGCCUGGGUCUGCAGGCCUACUUCGUGUCUCUGUUCAACCGCUUCGAUUGCUUCGUGGUGUGCGGCGGCAUCGCUGAGACCAUCCUGGUGGAGCUGGAGAUCAUGUCGCCCCUGGGCAUCUCCGUGCUGCGCUGCGUCCGCCUGCUUCGCAUCUUUAAGGUCACACGCCACUGGGCGUCUCUGAGUAAUUUAGUUGCGUCUCUGCUGAACUCCAUGAAGUCCAUCGCGUCCCUCCUUCUCCUACUCUUUCUCUUCAUCAUCAUCUUCAGCCUGCUUGGUAUGCAGCUCUUUGGCGGCAAGUUCAACUUCGAUGAGAACGUGACCAAACGCAGCACCUUCGAUACCUUCCCCCAGGCUCUGCUCACCGUCUUUCAGAUCCUGACAGGUGAGGACUGGAACACGGUGAUGUAUGAUGGAAUUAUGGCAUACGGGGGGCCUUCCUCCUCAGGCAUGGUGGUAUGCAUUUACUUCAUCAUCCUCUUCAUCUGUGGAAACUACAUCCUUCUGAAUGUCUUCUUGGCCAUCGCUGUGGAUAACCUGGCGGAUGCAGAGAGCCUGAAUUCUGCCCAGAAGGAGCAAGAAGAGGAGAACAAGAGAAGGAAGAGAGCCAGGAGUGGUAGCACAGACAAGACAAGAGAAGAGAAGACAGAGGACCAGGAUGGAGAAACUAAGACGUGUGUGUUGGUCAUGGCUUGCCCACAGGUUCCAUUAGAGAAGGAGGCUGAGGAUGAGGAGAGAAUGGCAGUGGUUCAGGCUGCAGCUGAAAAUGAUGAGGAUGAGCCUGAUGUCCCGUUAGGACCCCGUCCCCAGAGGCUUUCAGACCUCAGCCUCAAAGAGAAGAUUCAGCCCAUUCCAGGGGGAAGCGCCUUCUUCAUCUUCAGCAGCACAAAUCCGAUCCGGGUGAGCUGCCAUCGUCUGAUCAAUCACCAGAUCUUCACCAACCUCAUCCUCGUCUUCAUCAUGCUCAGUUCUGUCUCACUGGCAGCAGAGGAUCCCAUCCGGAAUUUCUCCAUGCGGAACAUCGUCCUAGGCUAUGCCGAUUAUGUCUUCACUAGUAUAUUUACCUUUGAGAUCGUGUUGAAGAUGACUGCUUAUGGGGCCUUCCUUCACAAAGGUGCAUUCUGCAGAAACUACUUCAACCUGCUGGAUCUGCUGGUCGUCGGAGUCUCUUUGGUGUCUUUCGGCAUUCAGUCGUCGGCCAUUUCCGUGGUGAAGAUCCUCCGAGUCCUACGCGUGCUCCGGCCUCUGCGGGCCAUCAACAGGGCCAAGGGUUUGAAGCAUGUCGUGCAGUGCGUUUUUGUGGCCAUCAGGACCAUCGGCAACAUCAUGAUUGUCACCACUCUCCUCCAGUUCAUGUUCGCCUGUAUCGGCGUGCAGCUAUUCAAGGGAAAGUUCUACCGCUGCACAGAUGAAGCUAAGUCAAGCCCAGAUGAAUGCAAGGGUACAUACAUUCUGUAUAAUAUUGGUGAAAAUGCCUUGCCACAAGUACGUGAAAGGAUCUGGUACAACAGUGACUUCAACUUUGACAAUGUCUUGAUGGCUAUGAUGGCCCUCUUCACUGUGUCCACCUUCGAAGGCUGGCCAGCCCUCUUAUACAAGGCCAUAGACUCCAACCGAGAGAACAUGGGUCCUAUUUACAAUUACCGUGUGGAGAUCUCCAUCUUCUUCAUCAUCUAUAUCAUCAUCAUCGCCUUCUUCAUGAUGAACAUCUUUGUGGGUUUCGUCAUUGUCACCUUCCAGGAGCAGGGAGAGAAGGAGUACAAGAACUGUGAGCUAGACAAGAACCAGCGUCAGUGUGUGGAAUAUGCUCUAAAAGCUCGCCCAUUGCGGAGAUACAUCCCCAAAAACCGCUACCAGUAUAAGUUCUGGUAUGUGGUGAACUCUACAGGCUUUGAAUACGUCAUGUUCGUCCUCAUUAUCCUCAACACACUCUGCCUGGCCAUACAGCAUCAUGGUCAGUCUCCCCUUUUUAACUACGCCAUGGACAUCCUCAACAUGGUCUUCACGGGAGUCUUCACCGUGGAGAUGGUUCUCAAACUCAUCGCCUUCAAACCUAGGGGCUAUUUUGGCGAUGCCUGGAAUGUGUUUGAUGCCCUGGUCGUUAUUGGCAGCGUAGUAGACAUCAUUCUGAGUCAGGUAGAUCAGACAGAAGUUCCUGUAAUUGUGGCUCUGAAGCCGGGGAACACAGAGGACAGUGCUCGGAUAUCCAUCACGUUCUUUCGUCUGUUUCGAGUCAUGCGAUUGGUCAAACUGCUGAGCAGAGGGGAGGGCAUUCGGACCCUUCUCUGGACCUUCAUCAAGUCAUUUCAGGCUCUGCCCUAUGUUGCUUUACUGAUAGCCAUGCUCUUCUUCAUUUAUGCUGUCAUUGGGAUGCAGGUAUUCGGAAAGAUAGCAAUGGUGGACGGCACUCACAUUAACCGCAACAACAACUUCCAGACUUUUCCGCAAGCUGUACUCCUCCUGUUUAGGUGUGCUACAGGUGAGGCCUGGCAGGAGAUCAUGCUGGCAUGCUUGCCCGGUAAGCUGUGUGACUCUGAGUCAGACUACAACCCUGGCGAGGAGAAGACCUGUGGGAAUGGCUUUGCCAUCAUCUACUUCAUCAGCUUCUACAUGCUGUGUGCUUUCCUGAUCAUCAAUUUGUUUGUGGCUGUCAUUAUGGACAAUUUUGACUAUCUGACACGUGAUUGGUCGAUCCUAGGACCCCAUCAUUUGGAUGAAUUUAAGAGGAUUUGGUCUGAAUAUGAUCCGGAGGCAAAAGGUAGGAUUAAGCAUUUGGAUGUGGUAACAUUGCUGCGUAGGAUUCAACCGCCACUGGGCUUUGGCAAACUGUGUCCCCACAGAGUGGCUUGUAAGCGUCUGGUUGCCAUGAACAUGCCUCUGAACAGUGAUGGUACAGUCAUGUUCAAUGCCACCCUCUUUGCUUUGGUCAGGACCGCUUUGAAGAUCAAGACCGAAGGAAAUUUGGAACAGGCCAACGAGGAACUGAGGGCUGUGAUUAAAAGGAUUUGGAAGAGAACUAGUACAAAACUUCUGGAUCAAGUGGUACCACCUGCAGGAGAUGACGAAAUAACCGUGGGGAAGUUCUAUGCCACAUUCCUGAUACAGGACUACUUUAGGAAAUUCAAGAAGCGCAAAGAGCUCGGCCUUGUGGGACGGCACACAUCCAGCCUCAACACCACAGUCGCACUUCAGGCUGGUCUCCGCACACUACAUGACAUUGGCCCUGAGAUUCGCCGAGCCAUAUCAUGUGACCUGCAAGAUGAAGGCCUGGUCGAAUUUAAUCCUGAUGAGGAGGAAGAUAUUUACAGGAGAAAUGGUGGCCUUUUUGGAAACCACCUCAAUCAUAUAAACGGAGACCACCGAGGUCCCCCCCACUCCACUAAUGUCACCCAGCGCCCGCUGCAGGUCCCGCCCCUCCCCUUCUAUGUCCAGGUGGAGCCGCUACCGCAUCUGCUGUGUGCCCCCAACCGGCGACCUCACCCGUGCUCCCAAUCCAACCCUAGCCUUUCGUACCUUAAGCCUCCCGAGCCCUCCAACUCCAACCUCAACAAUGCCAACACGCCAUGCGGGAAUGCCCUGGCCAACGGGGGGCAGCAUGCCAACUGCUCCCUCCGCGAUGGUUGGCCCUCCAGGCGCGGCGUGUCUUCCUUGAGUCCCUACCUCAACCGCAAGGGUGACAGAGAAUCGCACCAAAGGUCUCAUUUUAAAAGACCACGAUACUAUGAGACCUACAUUAGAUCAGACACGACAGCUGGUUGUUAUACCACCAUUUGCCGUGAAGACUCCACCCACAGUGAUGAUGUCAGUGAUGAUGACAGAGCCUCAGGGGAGUACUACAGUGGGGAGGAGUUUCAGGAUGACCUCAUGCUUGGUGGGGACAGGCCGCAGAGGGAGUAUCAGGACACUGGGAGUGAAUUUGAGCCAGGCACUCCUCACAGAUUCCAGGAAUCUGAGUCUUUUUACAACGAUGACGACAAGCAGCCCAUCUGCCAGGAACCCAAGCCGUGGCCAAACAGGAGGCUCCUCCCUUUGACGCCCCAAACUACUCGCCGGCCCUCCUUCAACUUCGAGUGUCUGCGAAGGCGAAGCAGCCAGGACGAACUUCCUCUCCCUGCCUGCUUUCACCCUCAUACUGCCUUACCUCUGCAACUGAUGCAGCACCAGGUGAUGGCUGUAGCUGGUCUAGACUCCAGCCGAGCACCACUCUCUUCUUCUCGCUCCAUCCACUCGUGGGUUACGCCCCCUGCCACACCGCCACCCUUUACACCACUGAUCCAGGUUGACUGGCACGGAGCUCCACCCAGUGCCAGCAGCACACCGGCAUUGGCUCGCCGCAGCUCCUGGUACACCCACCAGGGCCGCCAGUGCUCACGCAGAUCGGCCACUCCAACCCCUUCCCAACUGCAGAUCCCGCCCUGCUACUACAGUCAGUACCUGCAGCAUAGAGGCAGCGCCCACAGCCUGGUAGAGGCGGUGUUGAUAUCGGAGGGACUGGGAAAAUAUGCAAAGGACCCAAAGUUUGUGGCAGCAACAAAACAUGAGAUCGCUGACGCCUGUGAGAUGACCAUCGAUGAGAUGGAGAGCGCUGCUAGUAACUUGCUUAAUGGAAGCCUGACCGAUGGGGCAGGAUCAGACAGCACUGACACUCCCCUGAGCAGUGUGGACCGUAAUCUCCAUGACUACAGCGAUGAGGAGGCAGAGCCAAGCAGCAGAUAUGAAGAGGACCUCACAGAUGAAAUGAUAUGCAUCUCAAAUUUAUAGCAUUUGCUAAAAAAAGCAAAAAAAACAAACAAACAAAAACACAAAACCUUAAAAACAAACAAAACUCAUGAAAGAAGAAAUAGUGCCUUUUAAGGGAGUGGAGACAAGGAACUCUCUGGGCCAAUCAGCUGAGCAAAAUUCUAAACCAUCCAGCUGUCAACUAAUGGAUGCUCUAGGGAAUGGCUUGCUGAUAAAAACUAGACAGAAAAUGGAAGUUCUGAAAUGCAUUUUUUUUUCCCAAAGGCUUUUUAAAGAAUAUUUUUCCACAUUCUCAACAUAUCAACCAAAAAAAAGUCCUUUUGCAGUCAUAUCCCUUUCCAUUGCCUUACCCAUGUGCACAAAGACAAAGAAUUCAAUGGUGUUUAAAGAAGUAGGAAGUCUUGAUACCUUGCCAUUCAUCACCCAUUCAUUGCCCAUUCUGAAUGUCACUCAAAAAGAGGCCACAAAAAGAAAAAGACAGUUAAAACUGUUCAGCAAUAUCUCUCACUCUUUAUGCAGGUGAUCGAAAUUGAAAGCUAGACAACAUUUUACUGCAUCACCUCAUUCUCCCUUAUGAGAAUACUAUACAGGCCUGACAGGAUUUUCCCCUAAUUUGAACAGACCUCUUUUAAUUACAUUUACUAGGAAGCUAAAGAAAGUUAUGAAGAGGUCUUUGUAUAGAUAUGACCUAGAUUAUAUUUUACUAAGUAAAUUUUUAGCUCAAAUAUAGCAAUAUUCACCUCUGCACAUGGAAUACAGUAACAUUAUGGAGCUAAAAAGCUUAAUGGUGUUUUGACUUUUGUUGUUGUUGUAUUAUAUUUCAGUCUGGCCAUGGCACGAUGGGUUGAGCCAACAUGAAUGCAAGAUGCACACUAUAUGCACAAGGCUUGAUGGAUAAUGCAGUAAUAACUCCCAAGCUAUAUUGUCAGAGAAGCCAUGUUGGGAGUGCUUUUGUGCAUAUCGUGUGCAGGCUAAAUGCACAAGUAGAUUUAUGCAUUACCAGUGCUGCUUUACAUGUGAACAUGAGACAAAAAUCCAUUUUAUAUUUACAGGAAACCCACCGAGUCCCUUUCAGAUGCUAUGUAUUUUCUCCAACAUGUUUAUCUAGAAUAGGUAAUGUACUGUUUUCAUGUUGGGAAAGGGUUUUUGUUGUUUGUUUGUUUUUUUUUGUUUUUUUAUGAAACUUUGUUUAAUGUCACUUUCUUUUUGUAUAAUUCCAGUGAAUACAUCUAAGCUCUUCUGUUGGCCUCAUCCCACACUAUUGCUCCUCAGGUGACCAUCCAUGUGAAGAACUACCUGCUCAUCUACACUAGCCUAUAGCUGCUAACGCCACACUGCACCUGUGCUACCUCUACCACUUAGGGUCUAACGUAAUGUCAGCAUGUUCCCUUUGUGACCAAAGUCAUGGGGACAAAGAGUGCAAAAGGCUCAGAGACCAAAACUUGAUGGUGAAGCAUCCAGUUAGCCACUGCCCUAUUUGCAGACCCAGCAGAACCAGAUGGUCAUCUUCAAAACUGCUCUCACAAAAGCUUUAUAACCAGUUUGUCAUACUGUCUAUAACAAGCUGCCUAAUGAGAGGCUUUUAUUUAUUUGUUAGUGGUUUUUUUUUGGGGGGGGGGGGGGGCUGACUUUACUCAAUAUGUGGCUGUGAAUGAAUGAUAGCUAGUGACCAGGAACAAUAUUCUCAUUACAUAAUGCUUACAUGCAUCUGUUUAGUUUUAUCACUGAUACUAAAUCAGUGUUCUGAGAAAUGAAAACCACUCUCAGUCAUUCUGAUAAUGCAAACAAAUUCACUGCCAACUGAUUUGAUUGACAGGUUCUGUUGCGAACAGUUUUAGGGCAUAUAAAGGACCCAAAAAAAUGGACCUUUUCUCUGAGUACAUAGGAAACCCUUAACAGGUAGCUCUGCAAUCCUGCCAAAAGACAACCCACUGUUUAGGGUAUCAGCUCCCAUCAGGGUUGGUUGUGACAAGGUAAAGUCUAAAUUGUUUGCUGGGCCAAUAGAACCUUCCUCACCCUUUCACUUUUGCCUAGUGAACCUAAAAACUGCCUUUAUGCACUUUUCCAAGCUACUGUACACAAAAACAAAAUCCUUCAUCUCACAUUUAAUGUCUCAUUACAUCAUAGCAUCCUUGGUCCAGGUGAGGAUGGAUUACAUAUCAGUGUUUUUAUGGCAGUCCAAGUCACUCUGUAUGCUCCAUUUCAAAAGGCUUAUUAUCUUGUCCACUAAAAUUCCAGAGGUGGGUUUUGUUUUUUAAAAAAGAAAAGGGAAUUCUAUGUCUGUUAUUUUUGUGAUAAACACCUUAGCAGCACAGGAACGAAUGCCUAAAACCUUAUACACAAAGCCAAACCUGGCUCUGGAACAUCGUUUUGAAAUACCAACAAGGGCUCUGAAUAGCAAACACAUUUUAUGGUGUUACGCUCUACACUGUCUAGGUCACAUGCAUUUUGUUGUUUGUGUAUCGUGUCAGAGGUUCAUAAUUAACAGAAGGCAGACAAAUGGCACUUAAUUAACUAACUAAAUAAUGCACCUGAUUAGUAGCUCUUGUCCUGCCAACAGUACAACCCAGGUCCAGCUUACCACAAGAUAAUACGGAUACGAAUACUUUCAUGCAUAUGUUGGUCACUUGAAUAGAAGACUGCAAUGUGUAGGCAAACUCAUUUGUUUUUCCAAAUCAAUGUCCUUGCUCGAGGCUGUUUUGACAAUGGAAAAG